AUGAACAAGGAUUACUUUGAGCACCAGGGGAAAAGUGUGGUUCAGAUGAGUCUAAGGGGAACCGAUGAAGCCGCCAUCAUUGAAAUCUUAUCAAGCAGGACAUCGAAUGAGAGGCAACAAAUAAAACAAAAGUACAAGACAGCAUACGGCAAGGACCUGGAGGAGGUGCUCAAGAGUGAGCUGAGUGGAAACUUUGAGAAGACAGCCUUGGCCCUUCUGGAUCGCCCCGAGGAGUAUGCUGCCCGGCAGCUGCAGAAGGCCAUGAAGGGCAUGGGCACAGACGAGGCAGUGCUCAUCGAGGUCCUAUGCACGAGAACCAAUAAGGAAAUCAUCGCCAUUAAAGAGGCCUACCAAAGGUUGUUUGACAAGAGCCUUGAAUCAGAUGUCAAAGGUGAUACAAGUGGAAGCCUAAAAGGAAUUCUGGUCUCCCUGCUACAGGUAAGAAACGGGGACCCUGAGAGAGAACUCCUGGCCAAGAGAAGCCACAAGCAGUUACGAGCCACCUUUCAAGCCUACCAAACUCUCAUCGGCAAAGACAUCGAAGAGGCCAUUGAGGCAGAAACAUCAGGAGACCUGCAGAAGGCCUACUUAACACUCGUGAGGAGUGCCCGGGACCUCCAGGGCUACUUUGCUGACCGUCUGUACAAGUCCAUGAAGGGUGCGGGCACCGACGAGGAGACCCUCAUUGACAUCAUUGUGACCAGGGCUGAGACGGACCUUCAGGGGAUAAAAGCCAGAUUCCAAGAGAAGUACCAGAAGUCUCUCUCUGACAUGGUUCGCUCAGACACCUCUGGGGACUUCCAGAAGCUUCUGGUCGCCCUCUUGCACUGAACCAGCCCAGCGCAGCAGGAGCAGAGGAUGGAACCUUUGUUGAAAACCUCUCCCAAACCAGAUUUGCAAAUACAACUCCAGCAUGAAACACCCUCAAGGGUCCUGGUUUAUUUCCUUGGCAGCUUGAGGCAAGUGGCCAGGCCAAGCUGCUUACGUUAAGGGCAGCAACCUCGAGAUGCUUGAAUUGAUCACCUUGAAUGCUGGCUUAGUGAGUACCUGGGCAGUCUCUUAACUUUCCUUGAGGGUAAUAACUGAACGCUUUCUAAGCACAAAUAAAAUCUGCAGUUGAUGAAAAAAAGUAUGCAUUCGUAAUAAAACCUUUAGAAAAACAUGUCAUACAGGGCAUGGAUGUUUUGGGUAAAGAGAGACUAGGUGAAGUACAAGAAAGACAAAAUUAAGCAAUUCAUUCAUUUUCCCUCUGUGUACUCAGUUUCAAAUCCUCAAUGUUAAUUAAAGGUGUGGAUUAUGCCUUCAUCA